UGUAAAUCGAAAUGCAAAAGGAAGGGUGGCGGAGCUAAAUUCAGUGUUUUUUCCAAUUGUACACUUCCAAUUCAAUCGGGACAGAAAGAACACAAUCACCACCACCACCACUUCAACGAUUCAUUCAACGAAUCCUAUUCCCUUUUUUUUUUUCUUCUUUUCAUUUCUAUCUUUUUCAAUUUUGCUUAUUUUCAACUCUGUUAAUCUUUAGGGUUUCCUCUUUCCAUUUUGUUUUUAGAAGUUAUGCAGAUUCGUUUGCCUAAAUGGCCGACGAUCCUCCCUUCCGAUUCAUAAUCAACUUCACCUACAACUCUGUUCCUCAAAAUUCCACUUACCCAUUUCAAUUCUUCAUGAAAUUUUUCAUGGGUCGUCGUUUUCACUUUCACUCGGCCUUCGAUGUGGCUUCUGAGGCCUUUUCUGAACACCCUUCUCCUUUGAUCGUCGUUCUCUGACUCUUUGCUCUUUUCCAGUAACUGGGUUUUCUUCUCUCUUUAAGUUCUUCUUUUUCUCUUUCCUCUGUCUUUCUCCGUUACGAUGAGUUGCGGUUCGGAUUUGAUUAUGUCUCGGAAUUCUGAGGCUGAUGAUCGUGAGAUUGUUGAGAAGGAUCCAUCUGGACGAUAUAUACGGUAUGAUGAGAUAUUGGGUAAAGGGGCAUUCAAGACAGUUUACAAAGCAUUCGAUGAAGUUGGUGGAAUCGAAGUUGCUUGGAGUCAGGUGGACAUUGAAGAUGUCUUGCAGUCACCAGAGCAACUCCAAAGAUUAUAUUCUGAGGUCCAUCUGUUGAAGUCACUGAAACAUGAAAAUAUCAUCAAGUUCUAUAGCUAUUGGGUUGAUGAUAAACAUAAGACUAUCAACAUGAUUACAGAAUUGUUCACUUCUGGGAGUUUGAGGCAAUAUCGAAAGAAGCAUAGGAAAGUUGACUUGAAGGCCUUCAAGAACUGGGCAAGGCAGAUACUGCGAGGUUUAACGUAUUUGCAUGGUCACAACCCUCCAAUCAUUCACAGGGAUUUGAAAUGUGAUAAUAUAUUUGUCAAUGGAAAUACUGGAGAAGUUAAAAUUGGAGAUCUCGGAUUGGCAAUUGUCAUGCAGCAGCCUACUGCUCGAAGUGUAAUUGGCACUCCAGAGUUCAUGGCUCCAGAACUUUAUGAUGAGGACUAUAAUGAACUUGUUGACAUAUAUUCUUUUGGCAUGUGCAUGUUGGAAAUUGUUACUUGUGAAUACCCAUAUAAUGAGUGCAAAAAUUCUGCCCAAAUAUUCAAGAAGGUUACUUCUGGUAUAAAGCCCGCUUCCCUUGAGAAAGUGUUGGAUCCUCAAGUUAAGCAAUUCAUUGAGAAGUGUCUGGUUCCUGCAUCCAUGAGAUUACCUGCUAGUGAACUCCUGAAAGAUCCUUUCCUUGUGGCCGAAAGCCCUAAGGAGCAUAGCUCUGAACUUUCAAGGUCAUUGAAUGAGCAGUUCAAAUCUGUGAAUCCUCCACUGCUUGGUUCUCAUCCUAUGGACACCGACCAUAAGUGCACCAAACUCUCAGGCUCAGUGGCUUCAUCUGUCAAAAGCAAUAAUGGAAUUUCUCACUUUUCAACUCAAGAACUUCAGAGGCUCACUGAGAACAAUGAAUUGACACUGAAAGGAGAAAUGACUGAUCAUAAUACAAUGUCAUUCCAUUUGCGUAUUGCUGAACUAUAUGGUAAAUCUAGGAAUAUCCAUUUUGCCUUCUAUCUCGACUCUGAUACUUCUUUGGCAAUUGCUUUGGAGAUGGUCGAACAACUUGAACUGUCGAAUGAAGAUGCGACUAUCAUAGCGAAACUAAUCGAUGAGUUAAUUGCUAAGUUUGUUCCUAGCUGGAAACCAUGUCCAAAUUAUUGUGAAGAAGAACAACAAAAUACUCCUGAUAGUCCUUCUGAAGCUCAAGAGGAAAAGAGCUUCAUUUCUCCUUUCUUCUCUGAGCUGGUACUGUCAUCUCCCAUGGUGGUUGCUGCAAGGAAUAAUCUGACGGGUUUGGCAAAGGUCGAAGAUCAAGAAAACCAGCAGUCGAUUAUUUCGUGUGCUUCCGUGGAAUACAUUUACUCAACCGUCUCAGACUACAGCAUAGGAAAAGGAUCAGAGUGUGGUGAGUUUGGCCACCCUGACUGCGAAAAAGCUUAUAUUAGCAGUGGAACAAUUGAUUUAGAUGCAGAAGCUGUUGGAUCUACUAUUUCGACGAUGAUCGAUUUUGCAAAACCAUCUCUAAUCUCUUCCUGCUCAGGAAUGUCGAAAGAAUUGAGUUUGUCUAGCUUUUCAACUCUUUCUAUGGAAGAAAGAGAUCACCAAGAUGAACUGAAGAUGGAGAUUGAUGCUAUUGAUCUGCAGUAUCAUCAAUGCCUUUGUGAACUGUCAAGAAUGAGAGAGGAAGCAAUAGAAAGUGCUAAGAAGAGGUGGAUGUCUAAGAAGAAAGCCACUGGUAUUUGAAGAUCAAGCCUUCCUUUAUAUUUUGGAUUUACAAUUUGAUUCCUUUUCCUUUUUCUCCUUGGCAAACUCUUGCUUGCAAAAUGGUCUCUUUUUUUUUUUUUUUUUUUUUUCUUUUCUUUUUUUUGGUUGUUUUUGUUUUGAUUUGAUUUUAAACUGCUGACUGCUAUUCUUUGCAUUCUAUCCAACCAAGUCCUAACUCCUAACUUUUGAUUGUGAUCAUUUAUAAUUUAUACCCAAAUUCAUUUCAUAGUUUAGACAAUGUA